AUGGCGGAGAAAGUGGUCGAUGGAAAGUUCGCAGCACCAGAACUGAAUAAAUCCAUCCCCGAUGACGAAGACGAGGAGGUUCAACACUUCCGUGAAUUCCUCAACCAAAGUCGUCCCCGAGUAGACCGGGUCGACCGCACUGCUGCCUCGACAACGGCUGCCGCCGCACAACAACAGGAAAUGGAUAAUCAACCCUGCCUCAUGCAUCUGGACUCUGAGGUUGGGGAUCAGGAAUCUGAUGAGCAGUAUUCGCCGGGCACUCUUGAUAGUCAUCAUUCCUCACUUAAGCCAACCUCGCGAACUCUCCUCGAGAGAAAAGUUUCAACUCUGGAGGUGUUUGAUGAGGAACAAAGUAAUCGAGUCCAACUGGAUAACGCUUUCAUGCUUGUCUCAUGGAAUGGAAAUAAGUUCGCAUCUACCCCCCCCCCCUCUUCACCUUUUAGACUGAAACAGAUGUCCUACUCGCGGAAACUACUAGUGGAGGAGAGGACACUCUCUAAAUCAGCUUUCGGUCAUGUUAUACUUGCAAAAGCUUCCGAAUCGCCCCUCCGUGAGAGAUUAAGUCUCAUCAAUUCCGGUAAGGCACAAGGAAACAAUUCAGAGCCGCCUUACGUUGUCGUCAAAACUUUGAGUUACGAAGCGACCCCGGCUGCUGAGACAUCUUUUUUCCAGGAAGCUGAUCUUCUGAUUGAAUUGGAUCAUCCAAACAUUGUUAAAAUUAUUGGUAUCUGUGUUCCUCUCCAACCAUUCUCCUUAAUUUAUCAAUACAUGCGUGACGGUGACUUGAAUACUUUCCUACACCGAGCCCGUGAGUCAGCUAUCAGUCCUAGUACUUCGAAUAUAUCCUGUGAUCUUGCUGUGAGUACCACGGAUGACAAUGACGACGAACAUAUAGGCGAAAAGGAACCUGAUGAAAUACUUAGAUUUGGAAGUCUAACCAUUACCGAUCUUCUUCGCUUUGCUUUAGAUAUCUGUGAAGCUAUGGUCUACCUGGGUACUAGGCUCUAUGUGCAUCGGGAUUUAGCUACUCGAAACUGCUUAGUGAAUAGAGGAUGUGUUAAACUUGCAGAUUUUUCUAUGGCUCGGCGGUUGCCACACGGAACUGUUAAUGCAGACUUUGUGGACGUAGAUAGCGAGGCUCCGAUAGCAGUACGAUGGCAGCCUCUGGAAUCAAUACUUGAAGGACGUUUCAAUUUGGACACCGACGUCUGGUCAUUUGGAAUCUUUCUUUGGGAGAUAUUUUCUUUAGGACGCCUACCUUAUGGCAAUGUGGAUGUGUCCGGAGUGAUACGAGCUUUGACUGAAGAAAAUCGAUUACCACGAACGGCGAACUGUCCAAAGGUGGUCUAUAAUUUGAUGCGAAGCUGUUGGUCAUCAAUUCGUGAAAAUAGGCCAACUUUUCGUCAAAUUAGAGCAACCUUAUUUUCCAUCCUGCAACAAUUUGAAAAAUAA